CACGAACGAGCGACAAUUCACCCACUCACCUUCUUGAGUACGAUUGCAGCAUACCUUCGUUCUCUUCCAGGGAAAACAAGAAGCAAGAGCAAAGCAUUAACAAACAAACGACGGCAAUUGAAAGGGUUCUUACGGGAUCGCAGCAACACGAUUAGCGAACAGAGAAAAAUUCAACCGAAAGCAACUGUUCAGGAGGUAGUCUAUCACAGAACUUUCAACGAAACAAGCAACUUGUUUUUCAUUUGAACCGUCCGACGAAGCAACGAAAAAAACUUUACGAUGGCAGACUCACAGAGAAGAAUACCUUGCAUCACUAUGAUUUUGCUGGCGGUGGCCGUCCUGAUGACGUCGUCAAGUGUAUCGGCCUUCAAUCCAUCCGUUCCGUCCGUUCGAACCGCAAACUUCGUUCUGGGGGCCGAUGUCGCUGGAUCCGCCACGGAAGCCCCAUCGGGGUCGCCCGCCAACAGCAGCAAGGGCAGUGAUGUCCCAAAGCAGUCCGAAUACGGAAAGUCCCUCGAGCUUCCCGAUACAUAUGCAUCCUGUGGACAGUGUGGAUCGACCUACGCCCUGACACUGGAAGCCAUGGGACCCGGAAAGGGCGGGCGGUACGUUGCGCUGUGCUGGUUUCUUUGUUCUAUUUGUCGUUGAAAAUACGUCGCAUCGUCCCAUUCCACGUACACGAUAUGGGACGACAGAGAAAACCACUUUUGUACGGCAAACGGCAGGAAUUCAUCGAAAGAACUUUCCAUUGAUUUUGCGUCGGGAGGAAUGAAUUAUUGCGCAGGAAUGAAAACCGAAGAUCUAUUCCUUCAUCGAUUUUCGUCUCACCUUUGACAUACUCUCUUUUCUUUAUUUGACUCGGAAAAUCAAACUUUUUUACAAUCGAUUUCAUCUCUGGUUUUGCGGUCCGGUCGUUGGAUUUUCUCGGUUGACCCUCUGGUACAUCGAAAACCGAAUCCAUCAUACGAAAUAUCUUGCUAUUUUAAUGCAACAAACGUAUUUGUCGUAUAAUGCACAGCCGAAUGGAAUGUUCCGUCUGUGGCCACACUUGGUUUCAAUCCCGCGAUCGAUUAGCGACAUUGGGAGACGGUUACGAAAUGGUCCCUCUACCGGAACGCGACAUGGAACGUAUUCAGCUCAACAUCAAGGAGGGAAAGCAUCCUAAGUACUGCGGAGAUUUUAAGAUGUACGUCGGUAACAUUUCCUUCCAGAGCACCGAGGAGGACCUCUUCGAGAUCUUUCAGAGCAUCGGGCCUGUCGGUGAUGCCAUACUGGUACGGGACGACACAGGAAAGCCCCGUGGGUUUGGAUUUGUCACCAUGCGGAACAAGGCAGACGGAGAGAAGGCCAUGGAGGAACUCGACGGGGCCGACCUCAACGGCCGAAAUCUCAACGUUCGUCCGUCCAAUAACUAAAGUUAUUACACGGGCUGUAUGAAUCCAAGUUGCGUCAAUGAAUGUCCUUCUUGACGAAAGGAGGUAAACAAAGGGACGGUACUAUACAGUACGAUGGAAUGGAAUCGAAUUACUGAAACCCACACAAAGAAACACCACUAAAAUAAUUAUCGAUAU